CGCCACCUUAGUCAGCACAACAUCCUAUUCCUGCAGCAUGGCUUCAUUAGUCGAGGAAACUGAGAUGGAGGUUUCAGAGGUCAGAUAUCUUCAUCAGUCUUCAUCAGUUUGUGUCUGUAGUCGCCAUCAAUAUAAAGAUCCAGAAGAUCAGAACUGAAGCUACAAUCAUCAGACAUCCAACAGCAAUACAACAGAUCAAAAUUAAGGUGUGUUUGGUGAUGAAGUGAAGUCAGUGAUGGAGGGAGAUUCUGUUACUCUACACACAAAUAUUACUGAAAUAAAGAGAGAUGAUGUGAUAGAGUGGAGAUUUGGACGUCAAACGUCUACCAUAGCUAAAAUCAUUAACGGUAUUAAUCAAGUCUCAAUAUAUGCUGAUGUUUUUGAUGGGAGAUUCAGACACAGACUGCAGUUAAAUGAUCAGACUGGAGAUCUCAUCAUCACAAACAUCACAACUCAACACAAUGGAGAUUAUAAACUGACCAUCACCAGCACUACAGAGAUCUCAUACAGAUUCAAUGUUAUUGUUUAUGCUCGUCUGCUCGUUCCUGUUAUCAGCAGAGACUGUACACAAAACUCUAUAUCAUCAAGCUCAAAAUGUGUGUUGUUGUGUUCAGUGUUGAAUGUGAGAGAUGUGAGUCUGUCCUGGUACAAAGGAAACAGUUUAUUGUCCAGCAUCAGUGUGUCUGAUCUCAACAUCAUCAUCAGACUCUCUCUACCUCUGGAGGUUGAAUAUCAGGAUAACAACACAUACAGCUGUGUACUCAACAAUCCCAUCACAAACCAAACUCAACAUCUCAACAUCACUCAACUCUGUCAGUCGUGUUCAGAAUGUUUUUGCUGUUGUUAUGGUCCUGAAGCUGUGAUCCGAUUCGUCAUCUCUGCUUUGGUGGGUGUGGCUACUAUUGCUGUUUUGGUUUAUGAUAUUUAUGACAACUCUAGCAAAGAUAAAGAGAAGAAAAGAUCACAGACACCAUCAGGCCAUCACUGAUACAUUUUACAUUUUAGUUCCUUUAAAGUUUAAUAUAACUUGGAAACAUAUUUUCCACUAUCUUUGAGUUUUUUUGACCUGUGAUAUAUUUUACAUAUUCAUUUUACUUUUAUGAAUUUAAAGGGAUAGUUCACCCAAAAAAGAUUUUUUUUUUCAUCAUUUACUAGGAAAACUAUCAAGGCUCAUGGCUCAUAUAUAUGUAAUUAAAUUGCAUUAAAUACACUAAAUAUAAAGUUAAAUAAGAAUUAAAAUAAGAAGAGAUUCAUACUGACAAACAUGCAGUCCGAUGUUAGUAUUAAAGUUGAGUAGCGCAUGUUUUGUAUAGCUUUGUUUUGUGUCCUUGCUGCAUGCUUGUCUAUAAUACCGAAAGAAACAUUGAACAAUAUUGAUAUUAUAUGGCGUGUCAUUACCUCAAAAUACAAAAUUUCAUGCAGGAGAUUUGUAUGAUGCUGUCUGGGCACUGUAUACCUUUCCCAGAUCCAAAAGUGAGUCCAGGUCAGAAAACAUCACCUCAUUGCUAACAGUUAGCUUAUUAAGACAACCUGUCUUCUGCCGGCAUACCAUUAUAAUAUCUAAAGAAGGCUUUAUUAUUUUAGUGUAUACUGUAGCAUUUAAUCUUGGCUAAAAACACAAUGCUCUCUUCUGAAAAUGCAGACUGUUGCCGUUUGCUUGGGAGCAUUAGCUGAUUCGUUGGGGGUGCUAUGAUACAGAAUGUCCUCUGAACUAAUCUUGAUUCUAGUAUGUGACUUCACGGAUAAAUGUGCAACGUGUAUGUACAUGUUUGUAUUUUUUUGUCAAAAAUGUUUAUGCAUGGUUUUUGAAAAAGCUACAUUUGAAAAAACCCAUACUAAACAUUUUUUCACAAGACUUUUCAAAACAGGAUCUAGUAGUCUAGAAAAUGAAAGAAUGAAAAUCAUUUUUCGUACUCAUUCACAUAAAACAUAAAACAAUAUAUUGAUUUAGAAUUAAAAAUGGCGUGGGGGUGUGGCGAUCUCAGCUCAUUUCAAAUAAUGAAGUAACAGGAGAAAGACCUAUACCUUGACAUACUUUUUCUCAUACAGUUUACACAAAAUGAGAAUAUUUGUUUUUGAUUUCACUUACUUAAUUUAAAAGUAAACAUUCAAAGCAUUAUAUAGACAUUAAUUUUCCAUUUGUCAAGUUCUGAGCACAGCAUUUCCCCCACAUUAAAUUAUGGUGAUAAUUUUGUAUUUUUCAAUAUCACAUAUGGGUGCACAACUCUGGCGCUGGGCCUGGUUAAUUGUGUGCUUAUUAUUUAUCAAAAAAUCAUCUUCAUAAUUCAUCACAAUACUGGCAGGUUGCGACUGUGGUGCCCUUGAACAAGUCACCUUAACCCCAGUUGCUCCCUGGGCGCUGCAGUAAUAGCUGCACACUGCUCUGGGUGUGUGUUUAUGAUUUGCAGUGCGUCUGUUUCAAGGGGCAACCUUCUGAUCUCUCUGAUGAAGCCGGAAUACAGAAGUGAUUUAAACUGCAAUUUAUCAACUGGCCGCUAGAGGCUGGCUCCUUCUUCUAUAUGUGACCAGUCACAGAAAGUAGGGACACAAGUCGGAUCUGGGCCAUUUUGAGUUAUUCACAGAUUCUGAAAGUUUCUAAGCUUUCCAACGAUGUGUAACACAUGGAAAUCUGAUAAGAUUUGGAGAAGUUGUGGCCAUUUGAAUUUAGGAACUCAGAAAAACUCAAACCGAGAAAAUAGAGACGACAGGGACUCUCUUUUCCAGCUGGGGGAGACAAUAGGGCUCAUUUACAUCUCAUUUAGCUAAGCCAUACGCCCUGUAAAGCCGUUUUGAGAUACAGAUGUUCUAGCAUCAUAUGUAGUAUUUAGUGAAAGAAGUCCGGAUGACAACAUUCAAAAAUAAACAGGACUUUUUACCUUUGUGGGGAUCACAUGUUGAAUCCAGUCUGUUUCAGAUGUGUAAUUCAUCCAAUGACCAUUUUUGUCCACAAAUGCGUAUAAUCCGUGAAAUAUAGAUAUAUAAUCUAUUGUUUACAUCAGAUUUCGCAUGAAUGUCUGGUAAUAGAAUAUAAUAAACAAUCUGAGGACUAUUUACAUCAGGGUUCCCCAAAUCUUACACUGGCGGGCCGGAGCAUUGCAGAGUUUAGCUUCAACCCUGAUCAAACACACCUGAGCAAGCUAAUCAAGGUCUUCAUGAUCACUAGAAAAUCACAGGUGGGUAAGUUUGAUUAGGGUUGGACCUAAACUCUGUAGUGCUCCGGCCCUCCAGAGUAAGAUUUGGGGAACCCUGAUUUACAUCGUAACAUUUAAAGGUAUAUGAGAUUACACUCCGGUAAUUUACGUUCUGUUAAACACAUGAACCCGCCUUCAAAGUUUGUAUUUAAAAUAGGGAGGUAGUAUAAUAUAGAUAAUCCAAACAGCGCCGUCGAAAAUGUGAUAUCCUUUAGGGAUGUAACCAAUCUCUCGCUCGUUCCUCCAUCUGCCAAUGACUUCAUGGAAAAUAUUGAUUGACAAAACAUGUAGCCAAUUAUAUAAAGAGUUCAACGAUCUCUGUGUAACUUAUGAGUUUGACUUCAUGCUGCGCUGCAAGACGUCAAAGUACCGCGAGAGCGAGUCGAAAUUAAACUACUCCGUAAGAUUUCUCGAAGAGCUCUCACGGUACUUUGACGUCAUCCGACUGCGGCGCCCCAUAAAGUCAGUGACGCGGCUGACGUACGAUGCGGCUGACUGUUAUUUGUUCCGCCCCAGCUUCUUUAUCUUUCUUUUGUUUUGUGCGCCCAAGCUUCAUUUACAGUCUGGGGAGACGCACGCUAUAAGUUUGAAAAAAUAAAUAAAACUAAGCAAACAUGUCUGAGGAACAGGGCAGCUGCGUCACUACAGUCACGUGACUUCACGCUCGAGCCGGAAGAGAAGACAAUGCUGAAUAAAGUCGUAAUUCUUGCUAUUUUUGGACCAAACUGUAUUUUCGAUGCUUCACCACAAUCUCACUGACCCACUGAUGUCACAUGGACUACUUUGAUGAUGUUUUUAUUACCUUUCUGGACAUGAAACCGUACAUAGAUUUCCAAUGGAGGAGACAUAAAGCUCUCGGACUAAAUCUAAAGUUAAAACAUCUUAAACUGUGUUCCUAAGAUGAACGGAGGUCUUCAGAGUUUAGAACGACAUAAGGGUGAGUCAUUACUUACAUUAUUUUCAUUUUUGGGCGAACUAUCCUUAUUUAGUAGUCAUGCUGUUCCAUUUGGGGGCGGAGGCGAAAACACAAGCUUAUAUAGUAUGUAAAUAUACACACAGACAAUGACGCCCCCGGCUGCACGCUAGAAUCUCCGGAAAAACAAGCCGAUUUCAACCGCAAAAUAUACGCUUUUAAAUAUACAAAAAACUGCUUUCUCAAACAUGGAGAGGCUUCUUUGUGAUCUCAACCAACAGAUUCUGUAAAAAAAACGAAAAUCACACAUUUUGAAAAAAAACCUUUCUUUCUCAUUUUCUUGAAAGUUGUGCUGUCGACUUGUGUCAAUGGUUUCCGUGAUGGGUCACAAAUGUGUUUUUCUACUAUGGAAGUCUAGUGAUAACCAAAUUUUAAUUCAUGAGUGAACUAUCCCUUUAUGUUUACAAUUAAGUAGGUCAGUUGAAAAUGUUCAUGUUGUGUGGCUCUUGUAUAAAAAAUAAACACAGUU